AUGGUUAAUCUCCGCAGCGAGGAGGAUGCCGAAAAUAAAAAGAUCGAGAAGGAUUUCCAGCUUAUGAAUUGCGAAGUCAGGCUGAAACUCAGUGAGCGUAAAGAACAACAAAGUCAACUAAAAGAGCUCCGAUUCCGACUAGCAACGGAGCACGCCCAAGCUGAGGCUGCAUUGAAGCACAUCACGAACGAGUGCAAGGAGACGGCCAGCCGACUUGAGCGCAUCGAGCAGGACUACCACUCGUCAUGCCAGAAGACAGCAAAAACUUUCCAUGAUAAAAGGUCCAAAAUGCGUCGAUUCUUUAGGCAAAAGAGAGGAGAGAACCCCGAUACCCCAGACCAUCUCGGGCCCGAAUCAGAAGGCAUCAUUCUCCCAGAAAUGUUGCCAGAGGUCUCCUCAGGCUUCAAUGGAACGACCCCACAAGUAGAGCCUACUGAUGGAACUGCAAUGGUAGCGGAGAGACCUGAAGAAGAAGAAGAAGACGAGGAGGAGGAGAAUCGUAUGGAAUGCGUUGAGCACCACGAUAACAGGGGAGUCAAAAGCCUCGUUGAUAUUGUUGAUGCUGAUGGCAAAGUGAUUGGACCCGUGGAACAAAUAGAGCCUUGGAACAAAUGGAUUGAGGAUAUCCAAAAAUUGGAGAUACGAAGACCUGUCAAGGUCCGCCGAGGACGACGCUUCAACACUACACAGCUUGCAGACAUUCACAAGCGAACUGAGGCGAGGGGGGUCAAAUGGCUCUCUUGUAUGAUUCAAGCGACAGGGGCGAUACAGGCCAAGAGAUGCCUGUCUUGUGACAAGAGCCAAGGCACCUUUGACGACUGCGUCAUUGUCGGUGGGUAUCUCUUUCCGAAAUGUGGUAAUUGUGAAUGGAAUCGCCGGGGUUGCCAUGGUUCCUCAGGGGACACCAUCGACACACAGGCCUCGAGGGAGAGGGCACAACGGAAGAAACAGCUGGAGGAUGGAGCCCAAGAGACUUCUGCAGACCGAUCCUCAGAGCCAGUACAUCAACCUGCACCACAGACUGAGCGUCAAGCAACACGGACCACUGCGCCACAGCAAGAACGGCGCCCUGAACGCCAACCCGAGAAAGUUCCAGAUCGACCUAACGAACUGUUCAAUGAUGUGAUUGUUGCGAAAGCCCCAGAACGAACUGCCGAGGUCGCAACAAUUCAAAUCACUGAACAUCCUCAUGAAAUGUCCCACAGAUCAGCUUCUAGAUCUCCCACUGGACCUCCAAGCCGGUCGGCCACGGCUCUGAGGUCAGAUUAUGCCCCGGAACGAAUGAUUGACCCCGCGGACUCGCCCUUACCGACACCGAUAGAUCCUCAAACCAGGCCCCUGGAAACACCAAAUUCUGUGCUUCCCUUAGGCGGUCUGCGCCACCCUCAUGAAGCUUUCCAUCUAUUAACAGAGCUCGAUGGCCCUGCUAGAGACUGUCGCGGUUCUGAUCUAGCUCACAUAUCGCGAGAGCUUGAGAAAACACACACUCCACAGGGGUACCGCGUGGCUGCUGGUUUUACGCCGGCCAAUGUGAGAGGUCGGCCUCCAUCCAGCGAUCGUGGAAGACCAACUCCACCAUCUCUUUCCAUGGACCCUUCAUCGCAGCCACCUGAAUCUCCUCCUGCCCAAGCACUGGAAGAGAUUACCCGAGAGAACAUGGUCCUCAAGAACGACGGAAAUGUUUACACCUAUCCUGAAUGCGUCGCUGGGGUGCCAUUGGUCAAGAUCAAUGAGGAACACCCCUAUUGGGAGCCCAGCUGGCCUAACGUCAAGACACUCAUUGAACCACAGCUUGCUCGAUGGCGUGAGAAACACCAACCUGCCAUUGAAGCAGGUCCCAAAACAGUUCAGAAGCGUACAACUGACCACAAGAUAAAUUGCGGCAAUAAGAUUCUCAAAUUUCACGAGGAAGGUACAAUCAGUCCCCAUCAAUUAUUGGGUAAAAAAUACAUUCAGGGCGGCAUAACUUCAUUCCAAGCGCUAUUUCGCCUUUCAGAGACAAUAUCGGAACUUGAAAAGUUCAAUCUGGGCAUAUCGCCAGCUGACUGGAUGCGACAGCGACUUCACGAACUAAUUCAAACGCAAAGACACAACUUCAACCUGCGGCGAACAAUUCAACAUUUCUAUAAUGACUCCAAGCUCACCAGUCUUCGGUACAAGCAUGGAUUCAAGAACAUUGGACGUCCUUCAGAAGCCAUGAAGGCGCACUUGAGUCACGGCAGCCCUAGCGAUACACCCGAACCUCUCCGAAAGCGGAAGUCUAUGCACUCUGUUCCUACUACGCCCCGGGAGGAUUCAUUCAUCAACCACUCUCCUCUUCCUAGCCAGGCACCACCAAGCUACCCAGCGCCAGCACCAGCGCCGGUCCCCACCCCUGGGCCCCAGCCAGCAUUCAGCACCCACAUCAACAAGAAGCCGAAAUUCAUGCCGCCUACACAUGGAAGCCCCGUACAUGACGAAUUUCACUUCGAGGCUUGGUCCGACACAGAUUCAUGCAGCGGAGGUAGCAUCACGAAGUACGAUUGGCGGCUUGCUGUAGUCAAGACUCGGUUGUAUACCAGCCAUAUCAAUGUCACUCAGUAUUGGACCUGGGAUGAGGACGAGAUCGAUUUCCACGUCAACCUCGCAGAGAUUGAGGAGAUGGAAUGGAGUAUCGAAGCACUUCGUGUUCACAUCAUUAUGAAAAAGGAUGCCGGAGAGCUUGCUACGGAUGGCAAGCCUCGAGGAGAUGUCAUGGCGUCCUUUCCAAGAGCACGUACAAUGCGCCGCUUCCUGUUCUUCUGUAGAGAAAGGGGUAUGAAAAUGGCUAAGAGGGCCCCUGAGCAACUCAAUAAUACGUGGGAUUCCAUGGUUUCUGAACAAUUGCCCUGUCGAGGCGAUUCCAAUCAACAGCUGGUGGAGUAA